AUGAUUUCGAAGGCAACACCAACAAUACCUGAGCUGUUACACCGAAACGCUGAAAAUCAUGGCGGAAAGGUCGCAUUCUCGUCGCCUGGCAGGGCAGUCACUCACCACGAGUUGCUGGAAAGCACUGCCAGUAUUGCCUGUGGCCUGAACAAUGCAGGAGUUGGUCGAGGACAUAAAGUUAUCGUGCUGCUAGACCGCUGUGUUGAGGCCGUCGAGAGCAUACUGGCCACUAUUCGAGCUGGAGCAAUUGUUGUCCCCUUGGAUCCACGAUGUUCGCAAGCAGAGUUGACGACAAUCUUGGACGACGUAUGCGUCGAACCUCAUUGGGUCAUCACCAACUCUACCGGUGCCGAUCAAGUUCGUGGCAUAGACGGCAAUCGGAAAACGAGGGUCUGGACGAUCGACAAGACUCCUACGGCACUCAACACAUUCUCCUUCCACGAACUACGCGCUACGAAAGACUUGCACCCACCUGAAGAUUUGGCACCCGCAGACAAGGCUUUCCUCUUCUACACCUCUGGUAGUACAGGAAGCAAGCCCAAAGGCGUCGUCUCGUCACAGCAGUCAUGGAUCCAAUCCACGUUAUACAGCUUACUGGCCGGCCCCAAUAUAUUUCCAGAUGACAAAAUACUGUGUCCGCUGUCCGUCACGCAUGCGUUUGGGUUCUCUUCUGGUAUCUGCGUUGUUCUAUGCACGGGUGCAAGUCUACACAUGACGGGACAGACGUCAUUGCAUGAGGCGUUUGCGGACCACGCAUACAGCAUUAUCAUCGGUGUACCGACCACCUACAGCGAGCUUGUCAGUCUCGACAUUCCAACCUCAAGACUCUCGUCAAUACGCCUGUGCAUCAGCGGUGGAGCAGCGGCAUCACCUGCUCUCAAUCGCCAUGUCCAAGAGCAACUCGGUCUGUCAAUACUGAACCAUUAUGGAUGCACAGAGACUUGCGGCAUCGUCACCGUCUGUCAGGUCGGAGCACUCUACAUCGACGGCUCGUGCGGAAAACUCGUGCCCGGUCGUGAGCUUCGCAUCGUCGAGCCAUCAACGGGCGAGGACGUUGCCGGCGGAGACGAGGGCGAGAUCUGGAUUCGAAGCUCUUCGCUUUUGAUCGAAUACCACAACGACCCGACGCCGCCGCUCAUUGAUGGAUGGUACCGCAGUGGCGAUAUGGGUCUUUGUGAUGAUCAGGGUAAUCUGUUCAUCACAGGUCGACUGAAGGAGACGAUCGUCAGAGGUGGUGAGAAUAUCCAUCCGGCGGAGAUCGAGCGCGUUCUGGACGAUUCUCAAGGCGUGAGAGAAUCCGUCGUCGUCGCUCGCGCCCACGAUGUCUUUGGCGAGGUUCCCAUUACGUAUGUCGUGCCCGAUCACACUACACCAAUCUCGAUGGCAGUUUUGAUAACAGCCUGCCGAAAAGCUCUGCCCAGUCACAAGGUUCCAGUCGAUUUCUUCAAAAUCGAUGCCAUCCCGCGCACCAGAAGCGGGAAACCCAGGCGUCGUGCCGCAGCAUCGUGCCCUCACCGAAGACUCGUCGUCGAGACGUAUACCGUGGCUGCAAUCGAGGAGAUCAUCCUUGCGGAAUUCUUGCAUGCGCGUGCACUUUCUUCAGACGCCAUUGUUGAUCCUACGACGCAAUUCGGGGAUAUGGGCAUGAAUUCGUUGGUCGGAAUUGUGAUUCGUGACCGUCUUGUGUCAAUGAUGGGAUUGGGAUUGCCCAUCACGUUGCUGUUUGAUCAUCCUACACCAAGGAGACUUGCUGAACAUGUAUAUGGUCAGCUAUAUGGGAAACCUCCGACGGCGCCAAGCACGACGCCCCUCUCAACACAAUUAUCGACGCCGCUAUCAAACCCCCAGUUAUCAAAUGCAAAUGAACCCAUCGCUAUCAUCUCCAUGGCCUGUCGGUAUCCAGGGGGCAUCGCCUCCCCAGAAGAUCUCUGGAGAGUCGUGGAAGAAGGCCUCGACGUCACGUCUGACUUUCCCACUGACCGUGGUUGGGAUCUUGAUGCCGUCUAUAACUCUGACCCAGAAGCAUAUGGUGCGACGACCACUCGCAGAGGAGGCUUUUUGGACAACAUGGCCGACUUCGAUGCUGGACUGUUUGGCAUGUCGCCAAGAGAGGCACAGACGACGGAUCCACAGCAGCGAUUACUUCUCGAAUCGACAUGGACUUUACUUGAACGAGCUCGACUCCCUCCACUUUCGCUGCGAGGUAGUGAUACCGGUGUCUAUAUAGGUGUGAUGUACCACGACUAUGCCGGCCGGUUCACCAACGUCAAGCAUGAAUACGAAGGACAGCUUGGACUGGGCUCAGCGCCAAGUGUUGCAGCCGGACGUAUCUCACACUUCUUCGACUUGCACGGUCCGUCUCUCGCGGUCGACACAGCUUGCUCGUCCUCCCUCGUCGCGAUUGACCAAGCUACCAAGUCCCUGAGGACUGGCGAGUGCUCUCUGGCCAUAGCAGGCGGAGUCACCGUCAUGUCAACACCGCAAUCCUUCGUGAUGUUCAGCAAGCAGCGAGGACUUUCACCAGACGGACACUGCAGAUCAUACUCUGAUGAUGCCAACGGCACGGCAUGGUCUGAGGGUGUUGGGUUGCUCCUUCUCGAGCGUUUGUCAGAUGCCCAACGUAAGGGACAUCAAAUUCUCGGCCUGAUCCGCGGCAUAGCAACCAACUCAGACGGUAGAAGUAGCACGUUGACUUCACCUAGCGGACCUCAGCAAGAACGGGUGAUUCGAGCAGCACUUCGCAACUCUGGGCUAUCACCAGCAGACAUCGAUGUGAUUGAAGGCCACGGCACUGCCACCCCUCUUGGAGACCCCAUCGAGGUUCGUGCCCUCAUGGCUACCUAUGGCCAAAGUCGACCUGAGCCAGCCCUUCUUGGAUCGUUGAAGUCGAAUCUGGGACAUACACAAGCGGCUGCGGGUGUUGCGGGCAUCAUCAAGAUGGUCAUGGCAAUGCAGAAGGGGGUUGUUCCACCCAGCCUGCAUAUCACGAAGCCGUCACGGCAUGUUGAUUGGGAGAAUGCUAAUAUUGAGCUUGUGAUGAAGGCUCAGGAUUGGCCACAGAGUAGGAGACUGAGACGUGCUGCAGUUUCCGCGUUUGGAAUCGGUGGCACGAAUGCACAUGUCAUUCUUGAGCAGGUUGCACUGGAUGAGAAUGAUGUGACUGACGCUGAGCAUUCCACCAAGACCCAAGUCGUCAAGCUAUGCCCAUGGUUCUUCUCUGGCGCAGAUCUCGCAGCCUUGCAAGCACAAGCCCGCAUGGCACUAGGUCUUCGUCAUCUCGAUCCAUCUGAUGUUGCAUACUCACUUGCAACAACAAGAUCACUCCUUCGGUGGAGAGCUGCAGUCCCUCCAGGGGACAUGGAAGCUCUCGAAGCCCUGGCACAAGGCGUUUCUCAUCCAAGGAUUGUGAUGGGCCAGGCAACCGCUCCUCGAUUGGUCGUCAUGUUCUCUGGCCAGGGAGGUCAAUUCGUCGAGGUGUUCCAGGAGCUGUCCACCGCUUUCCCAAUCUUCAAGGAGAAGCUAGAUGCGGUCUGCGAUGCACUCAAUGGUCAUCUGCAAGAGCCUUUGCUCCAGACCUUGGAAGCCUGCCCAGAGGUCAUCGACCGCGCAGACAUCGCGCAAGUGGCGAUAUUCGCUUUCCAGGUGGCGUUGUACCGCAGCUUGGAGCAUUUUGGUAUUGUGCCUACCUACCUCAUUGGCCACUCCAUAGGAGAGAUCGCAGCGGCUCAUAUUAGUGGGGCCCUGACACUUCAAGAUGCGGCGAAGAUGGUCGUUACUCGCGGGAGGCUCAUGAGCAUCGUCGAGCCGGGUGCGAUGGCUAGUAUUGAGGCUUCGGAGGCGGAGGUACAGCGAAUUCUUGCUAACCUUGAGUCCACACAAGACGAUGUCCCGGUCAUUGCUGCUGUCAACUCUGAGAACUCCGUCGUGAUCUCAGGCACACAUACUGCCGUGUCGCUCGUCGAGGACGGCUUUCGUGCUCAGGGUCGUCGCACGAAAAGGCUGCGAAUCAGCCAUGCGUGCCACUCGCCAGCGAUGGAAAGCAUCCUCCCAGAUUACCUCGACUUCCUGAAGACAAUUUCCUACCAAAAACCGCAGGUCCCAAUCAUCUCCACAGUCACAGGAACCCUAGCCGAAGGCCUCGGUCUCAACACCCCAAAAUACUGGACCCGCCAACUCAUCUCCCCAGUCCGCUUCGCAGACGCCAUCCACACCGCCCAAGACAUCGGCGGCUCCCUCUUCCUCGAGAUCGGUCCGUCUACCGCCUUAACAGGCCAUGUACCAGAAGCCGUACCUACCGGAGCAAAAGCGAGAUCGCUAAUCGAGGCACUGACGUUCGUCACGAUUCAAGGCUGUGAUGUAGCGUGGUCGAAGGUCUUGGAAGGUAGCGGUGCGAGGAAGGUGGAGCUUCCUACUUAUGCGUUUCAGAGGAGGAGGUAUUGGUUGGAUCCGCCAAUGAUGAGGCUUCGUUGCCAAGCUGGUACUACCACAGGACUGCGACCCUCAACAUCAUCUCAUCCAUCCUGUGCUCCUGGACGCAGCUCUACACUCACCUUUACUCGCGACCCCAUGGAAUGUCGCGGUCUCAUUGCCCUUUCGUCUGACGGGCGUGCGUCUAUUCCCAUCGAAGGAACGAGAGCUGCCCUUGAAGAGCUCAUCCGCAUUGAGGUCGCGAAUGCUCUGGGCUAUGACAAACUUCCUGAUCUCCCAUUCAGCGAGAUCGGUCUGGACUCUCUCACGGGCGUCUUGAUCCGCAACAAACUCACAAAGCUCACGGGGGUCGCAUUACCCAGCUCCGUGAUG